GGAUAUCUCGUACUAUAUCCCGAACAAUUGGAGGAUAUGUGGCAUGUCUACAACUUGAUAUCCGUCGGAGAUCAACUCAAGGCUACAACGAUAAGGCGUGUUCAAACCGAGAGUGCUACGGGAUCUGUCGAAUCUCACAGGGUACGAACGACUCUGACGAUCGCGGUUGAAAACAUUGACUUUGACUCACAAGCCGGAAUACUGAGAAUAAAAGGUAGAAACAUAGUAGAAAACAAAUAUGUAAAGCUCAACGCGUAUCACACCAUUGACCUCGAAUUUGCCGAUUUGCAUUGGGGUCGUCACAAAGGUUUGGCCAAUUUAUGUUUGGUCACGCAGAAUAUGACCAUUGUACGUCAACGUAUCGAACAAGCUAUUCCGAGAAAGCGGAGGGGAUCAGUUACAAAUCACGAAAAGGGAUUACAAAAGUUUUACGAACAAGUAAUGCAAGCUAUUAUACGGCAUGUUAACUUUGACAUUGUUAAAGUAAUUAUAUUGGCAAGUCCAGGAUUUACCAAGGAUCAACUAUUCGAGUACAUAUACGCGGAGGCAGUGAAAAAUGAUGACAAAGUUCUCUUGGAAAAUAAAUCCAAGUUUCUGCUAAUUCAUUGCUCGUCUGGUCAUAAACACGCUCUCCAAGAAGUUCUCCAAGAUCCUGUAGUGCAAAACCAACUUGCCGAUACCAAAUAUGCCCAAGAAAUGACAACCCUUGAUAAAUUCUUCAAAAUGUUAAAUGAUGACCCUGACCGUGCAUUUUAUGGUUGGAAUCAUGUGAGCAAGGCGGAAGAAAGAGGUGCUGUUGGAACUUUGAUGCUUAGCGAUGAGCUUUUCAGAUCAGCCGAUAUUCAAACGAGGAGAAAGUACAUUCGGCUUGUUGAAAACGUUCGUAGUCAUGGUGGGAAAGUGCUAGUGUUUUCUAGUAUGCACGUGUCUGGUGAGCAACUUAAUCAAUUGGGGGGUGUUGCUAGCAUACUUAAUUUUCCAUUACCAGACAUAGAGGAUGAAGAUGAGGAAGAAGGCGACGGCGGAGGCGACAAUAAUGCGCAAGAGGUUAAUGCAAAUUAA